AUGUCUCGGAAACUCAAAAUCGCUUUGCCGAAAGGCAGCCUUCAGGAGCCUACGAUGAAGCUUAUUGAAAAGGCCGGAUAUAAUAUUUAUUCGUCCUCUCGUGCUCUGCGCCCUGCAUCCGAUGAUCAGGAGCUAGAUAUUUAUUUGAUCCGAGCUCAAGAAAUCGCGCAUUAUAUGCAGCAGGGAUUAAUUGACUGUGGCAUUACGGGUCUGGACUGGGCCUAUGAGCACGGUGCUGAUUUAGAAGACCUCGCGGAACUUCCUUAUUCUCGGGCUUCGACAAUGCCCACGCGCUGGGUUCUUGUGGUGCCGGAAGAUUCAUCGAUUAAGACGGUGCAGGAUCUGGAGGGGAAGACCAUCGCGACAGAAGGGAUCGGAAUUACCAAGCGCUAUCUUGAAGAAAAAGGAAUCACGGCAGAUGUGGAAUUCUCUUGGGGUGCUACUGAGGUGAAAGUUCCUAAUUUGGUUGACGCUAUCGUUGAUGUGACUGAGACGGGAUCCUCGAUCCGCGCCAAUAAGCUCCGCAUCGUGGAUGAGCUGCUUUCUUCAUUCCCCCAUUUUUAUGCGAAUAAGACUUCUUACGCCGAUGAGUGGAAGAAGGAAAAAAUGGAUCGCCUCGUGCUGAUGAUCAAAGGGGCUCUGGAAGCCCGAGAUAGGGUGGGCUUGAAGCUCAAUCUCCCUUCCGAGGCUUUAGAUGCGGUACUUGAUUUAUUGCCCUCCCUGCGUCGUCCUACGGUGAGUCAGCUUGCAGAAGAUGGCUGGGUGGCGGUGGAGACGAUCAUUGAGGACUCCGUGGCUCGCCAUCUCAUCCCAAACCUCAAAAAACUUGGAGCUGAAGGCAUCAUAGAAUAUCCCUUGAAUAAAAUCGUUCCUUAA